UACCAACUGCAUGGCGGAUGCAUGGCCGUCCAGAUUAUUUGAGGGUUAGUGAUUGUGCGCUGUGUUGUGCUGUGUUGAGGUUUUACUGCAGAAAUGUCUGAUCGAAAACGACGCUUAGAUGUGGAUGGCUCAUCUUCUCAUCAUAAAAAAAAUAGGGAAGAAGAGAUGCGAAAGCAAGUGCUUUCCAGCAGUUUUGCUAUCCAACAGAACCAGCUUGUUGUUACUGGCCUAAAAGAGCAUGUGCCAAAAUUAAAUCCAUUUACACAAAGACCUUUUAGUGAUAGAUUCCAAGCCAUAUUAAAAAAACGUUUACAAUUGCCUGUAUGGGAAUACCGUGAUGAAUUCAUAAAAAUGACAACUGAAAAUCAGUGUGUAGUACUUGUUGGGGAAACUGGGAGUGGUAAAACAACACAGAUCCCUCAGUGGAGUUUAGAUUUGGUUUUGUUAGGCAGACGUAAACAUGUAUGUUGUACACAACCUCGUCGAGUUGCUGCCAUGAGUGUAGCCCAACGUGUUGCAGAUGAAAUGGAUGUGGUUCUUGGACAAGAAGUUGGGUAUUCCAUUCGUUUUGAAGACUGCUCAAGUGCUAGAACUGCGUUAAAAUACAUGACAGAUGGUAUGUUACUAAGAGAAGCUAUGACUGAUCCUCUACUCGAUCGUUAUGGAGUUAUAAUUCUGGAUGAAGCUCAUGAAAGGACUCUAGCUACUGAUAUCUUAAUGGGUUUGAUAAAAGAGGUUGUUAAACAAAGACCAGAUUUAAAAGUCAUUGUUAUGUCGGCUACGUUAGAUGCAGGAAAGUUUCAAGGUUAUUUUGACGAUGCACCAUUACUUACUGUUCCUGGCCGUACAUUUCCUGUGGAAAUAUUCUACACACCAGAACCUGAACGAGAUUAUUUAGAAGCAGCAAUUCGAACAGUUGUUCAAAUACAUCUUUGUGAGGAAGUGGAGGGGGAUGUCUUGUUGUUUUUAACUGGACAAGAGGAAAUUGAUGAAGCAUGUAAGCGUAUUAAAAGAGAAAUUGACAAUCUUGGUCCUGAAGUGGGUGAUAUGAAAAUUAUACCACUAUAUUCAACAUUGCCACCUAAUUUGCAACAACGUAUUUUCGAAGCCGCUCCUCCAAAUAAGCCGAAUGGUGGUAUUGGAAGAAAAGUCGUUGUGUCGACCAACAUUGCAGAAACAUCAUUGACUAUAGAUGGUGUUGUUUUUGUGAUUGAUCCUGGCUUUUCGAAACAGAAAGUAUACAAUCCAAGAAUUCGAGUCGAAUCUCUUUUAGUGAGUGCUAUAUCAAAAGCAAGUGCACAACAGAGAGCAGGACGUGCUGGAAGGACUAAACCUGGCAAGUGUUUCAGAUUAUACACUGAAAAAGCUUACAAAUCUGAAAUGCAAAGCAACACAUAUCCAGAAAUAUUGAGAUCGAAUCUUGGUUCGGUUGUGUUGCAGUUAAAAAAGCUUGGAAUUGAUGAUCUUGUUCAUUUUGAUUUUAUGGAUCCACCAGCACCUGAAACUCUGAUGAGAGCAUUAGAACUUUUGAAUUACUUAAAUGCACUUGAUGAUGAUGGCGAUUUAACUGAGCUGGGCUCCAUGAUGGCGGAGUUUCCACUAGAUCCACAACUGGCCAAAAUGGUUAUAGCUAGCACUGAUUUCAAUUGUUCAAAUGAAGCGCUCUCCAUCGUGGCCAUGCUGUCUGUUCAACAGGUUUUCAUGCGGCCAAACGAUGCGAAGAAAGCGGCCGAUGAAUCAAAGAUGAAGUUCGCUCAUAUUGAUGGUGAUCAUCUCACAUUACUCAAUGUCUACCAUGCUUUUAAACAGAAUCAUGAAGAUACACAAUGGUGUUAUGACAACUUCUUGAAUUUGCGAUCUUUAAAAUCCGCUGAUAAUGUUCGACAGCAGUUAGCUCGCAUUAUGGAUCGAUUUAAUCUGAAACGAACCAGCACAGAUUUUAAUAGCAGAGAGUAUUACAUAAAUAUUCGCAAAUCCUUAGUGACUGGUUUCUUCAUGCAAAUUGCACAUUUGGAGAGGACUGGACACUAUCUGACUGUAAAAGACAAUCAGGUGGUCCAACUGCAUCCUUCGACUUGUCUUGACCACAAACCUGAAUGGGUACUCUACAAUGAGUUUGUGUUAACAACAAAGAAUUAUAUACGAACAUGUACAGAUGUCAAAGCUGAAUGGUUGGUUCGCACUGCUCCAAAUUAUUACGACAUGAACAACUUUCCUAACUGCGAAGCUAAGAGAGUGCUCGAAAGAAUAAUCGAACGAAUGAAAAAAGGAAAAUAGACACUCGAACGACCCGAUUCGAAUGGGUUCAAACUUUCUCGAACUGUAUGGAGUUGUGGUCAACGAUAAUUUGAUUGGAGUUGUCACUGCGGCGUUUUGGAGUACAUGAAAUCCUCGCAUAAAAACAAUGAGUUUUAAAUGUAUUGUUUGAUAUACUUUUUCAGCACUGCUAAUAUUUCUUUUCA